GUAAAAUGUUUGAUUUAAGGUUGAACUAAAACAAGAACAGUAAAAUGUAUGUUUUAAGGUUGAACUAAAGCAAGAACAGUAAAAUGUAUGUUUUAAGGUUGAACUAAAGCAAGAACAGUAAAAUGUAUGGACUUAUAUUUGAAAACUUCUCUGGUUAUAUAAAGGUUAAGUAUGGAGAGGAGGCCUGGGAUAAUGUUAGAAGAUUAGCAAACAUUGAUACUCCGACCUUUUCCAUUCAUCAUGUAUACCCGGAAGUACUUCUAGGAAAGAUAGCGAAGAAAACGUUCACUACUCUUGGAUGCAACGCUGACGAAUUCUUUGAAGGAAUGGGAUACUACUUUGUAGAACUUUGUAGUAAAUACGGUUACGGAGAUGUGCUUGCUCUACUGGGUCGUGAGCUGCGAGAUUUUCUGAACGGUUUAGACAACCUUCAUGAAUAUCUAAAGUUUUCAUAUCCUAGGUUGCGAGCCCCGUCCUAUUUUGUUGACAAUGAGACUCCAGAAGGAUUGAUGUUACAUUACAGGUCAAAGCGUCGUGGAUUUACGAACUAUACUGUCGGUCAGCUGAAGGCUGUGUCAGAGACCUAUUACAAAACUGAGAUUCAGAUCGAAGUCAAAGAUUCGCAGAUUAAAUUCGAUACUGUGUUUGUUUCUUUCCAGUUGACGUUUGACAACAAGAGCAAGGUUGUCAUGAACUCUAACUUAGUGAGGGAGGAAGCGAGGCUUCCUGCCGUAUCAUCAUCUGUUCUCUUCGAGAUAUUUCCGUUCAUCAUUGUGUUCGGAGAGGAUAUGGUUGUUCAAUCAAUUGGGAGAUCAUUGACCCAGAUUCUUCCAAAGCUUGUUGGAGCAAAGAUGAACGAUUAUUUUGACGUUGUGCGCCCUCUCAUUGAAUUCAAGUUUGACAAUAUUCUGAGUCGAUCCAACAAUAUAUUCGAACUCAUGACAAAUGAACCCAUUGACAAGUUGCUAAAAUCAGGAGGAGCACUAGGGGGAGAGGAAGAGGGUGAGGGAAAUGAAGAAAAUCUGAUGGAGGAGGAAGUAGAUAACUUCCUGCACUUGAAGGGUCAGAUGAACUUCAUGGCUGACUGGAAUGUUGUUAUGUUUCUCUGCUCUCCUGCAUUAAAGGAUUUACAAGGAUUAAGUUUCUCUGGUUUAUUUAUCUGUGAUCUGUCAAUGCAUGAUUUCUCCAGAGAUCUUCUUUUAGCAGGUUCCCAGCAAUCCAACGACCUAAAGGGAGCUCUUGAGUCAGAAAUGGAGAAAACUAAACUAAUGGAAGAGAGUAUGGCGAAGCUUGACGAAGAAAUGAAACGCAGUGAUCAGCUUCUGGCACAGAUGAUGCCAAAGUCUGUCAGUGAAAAGGUAAAGAAUGGCGCUUCAACUGUGGAAACUUGUGAGAUCUUUGAAUCUGUAACAAUCGUAUUCAACGAUAUACCUGUGUUCGGUGACAUCUGUGCUAAAUGUGAUGGAAUGUCAAUUGUUCUGAUGCUGAAUGUAAUGUUUGGAAUAUUUGAUAAUUUGUCAGACAGAAAUCAAAUUUACAAGGUUGAGACGGUUAAAGACUGUUUUGUUGGUGUUUGCGGAGCUCCUGAGAGGAAUAACAACCAUGCUGAACGUAUAAUGGAUAUGGCCAUGGAUAUGAGAGAUUGUGUUCAGUUUGUUCCUGAUCCCAGGCCUGGGGUGGAUUCACAUAUAAAAAUCAGGCUAGGUUCAAGCUCUGGUCAAGUUGUUGGUGGAAUAGUCGGGAACAAAUGUCCGAGAUAUUGUCUAUUCGGAGACGCCAUGAAUACAAGUUCAAGAAUGAUGUCGUUCAGUGAGGAACAAUGCAUACAUGUUUCUGGAGCAACGAAGGAGCUUCUCCCCCCUGCCUACUCUGUGAAGGAGAGGGGGAAGAUGAUGAUCAAGGGGAAGGGGGAGAUGGUCACCUACUGGGUUGAAUCAAAGGCUAACCGGGUACCACCAACCAAAGACGAGGUUUAUCCUCAGGAAGCAACUAAACCAUCUCAACCUGCAGAAUAAGCUACAGUGUUGCAGAAACUUAAUCAAU